GGGGGUUGUGUGGGUGGGUGUUUGGGGUGGGGGGGGUGGGGGGGGGGGGGGGGGGGGGGGGGGGGGGGGGGGGGGGGGGGGGGGGGGGGGGGGGGGGGGGGGGGGGGGGGUCUGGAUGUGGUGUGGGCGUGGAUGGGUGGCGGUAUGUGAGUGGAGAUGUGGGUCUAAGUUCAUGUGUGGGUUCUUCAUCUUUUUAUUAUUCUCACAUCCACACCCAUACCCCAGAUUCACGCCCAUAUCUCAUACCCACAGCCAUACCCCACACUCUAAAAAAAAAGGGUCAUUACGGAACCUGUGUCCAAGGAAAGAACUUUUAAAGUUUCGUAUGAAUCUACCGAACUUUAAAAUGUUGUUGCAAUAAUAUUCGAAUCUUCUUUAGGUUCGAUAGAUUCAUACGAAACCUCAAAGGUUCUUCCCUGGACGCAGGUUCCGUAAUAAACCUAAUUUUUUCAGAGUGCAGACUCACACCCAUAUCCCACAUCCACACGUCAUGCCACACAUUCCAAACCCACACCCCACACUCACAUCCAUCCUCAUAUUCCAUACAAUUCUCUGCACACAAAUGUCUUACACACAAUCGUUAUGGACCCAUCGUCAAAAUCCCGUAAAAAUGGACGAUUUUAUCGCGAUUUAUAAUGCGGAUUAAUUGUGCCAUCUAUCACGAUAAAAUCGUUAAAAUAAGGCGACUUUUCGUCAGUUUUUUUCAAAAAAAUCUUGAUUCAUAACGAUUUCGGCGAAAUAAUUAUCUGUUCACCGCGAUAUGAUCGUCGACUUUUUUAAAAAUCGCGAUUAAUCGUCCAAACCAAGGCGAUUUUGAAGACAUGAGUCUAUUGUUAAAUAAAUGAAUAUUUACUAGCAACAAUUUUAUUUUUCAUCAUAUGUUCAGCAGUUGGAUAUUCAGUUCAAUAAAUUAUUUAUUGAUAUUUGAAUUAAAAAUAACUUCGACAAAUUUUUCUGUCGAAGUUGUAACUUCGAUUACUGUGAGUGUCGAAGUUAUAACUUCGUUGAGCAGUGUAACUACGAUACGACAUAUACAUAUAAGUAAAUGAAAAUGUGAAGAAGAAAAAAAGUGAAGAAUCGGAAGCGUUGAAAGCAAAUCGACUGAGUAAUGACAAACACUAUGCACAUUUUUUCUUUCCAUAUUAAUGAAAUCGAGAACUAGAAGUGAAAACAACGAGACACAUAGCACUAGUUUUUAUACUACUGCUUGUUACUGUCAUUAUUGAUGAAUGAGUAUUGAAAUGGGUUCUGUCCCAAAUGAAAAUAAUGAGCCAUGUAAAUAUACCAAUAGUCUGAUAAAAAUAUGUAAGACGUGCUCGAUCAUGAGAAACGUUGGUUUUCUCCCAUUGCUCAGACCACUUCCAUUGAUGCACCUUGUUCGUCGUGAAAUGUAUCACGUGCCAAAGAAAGCAAAGAACCAGUUGAAGGAAAAUUAAUCACACGUGAAUCAUGCAUCACUUUUACCUUGCCGCUGUCUGCUUCAUUUAGGUCGAUGUGGGUGUGAGCAUAUGUGAUGUUUUCGUUGACACUCAGGCUCAAAGUCACACGCACCCAAACUAAACCCACAUCCUAUGACUUUAGUCACCAUAUACGGGAGAUAUGGAGUUUCGUUAAAGAAAGACAUGUUAUAUUCUAUAGAUUCAAGUAGAUGUGAAAUCAUAUGUCAUUUGACUAAUGUUGCAUUUCUAUUCUGCUAGAUAAUAAGAAUUUCGAAAUCAGCUUAUUUCAAAAUUGCCUAUAUAUGUUUGUUUUAUAAGAGAUGUAGUUCAAUGGUUUCCAUCAAUACAUCUCACCUCUUUGUUACAUAUGCCUCACUACAACAGAAACGGUUCUUUUUAUGUUAUUCUAGUUUAUAUCUACAAUAUUGCAGUACAUCAGGUUUAGAAUGCUCUGUCCGAAAAGUUUAAUUCGGACUUCAAUGGAAAUUUUUAAAAAGAAUAUUCUUGAAAAUAGUAUGAACAAUUGCCUGAAGUCAAGAAGAACUUUCUCUGAGCCUCAAAUUUCUUAUAAACAAACAAAAUACGAUAGUAACACUCUGCAAAGAUCGAUCAUAGAAUCUCUUAGAAUGCAAUAAUAUGAGUUGAACUCAAGCGCAGCAUAAUUCACUUCUCGAUAUUCUUCGAUUAUGAUAAAUAUUAAACGCACGAAUUUUGAUCCAUCUUUCCGAAUAGAAUUGAAUGAAAUUUACUUAAGGGAACUAAACAGCAGCAAGGUAGGAGCGAUGCAUCACUCACGUGUGAUUAAUUUCCCUUCAACUGGUUCUUUGCUUACUUUGACACGUGAUACAUUUCACGACGAACAAGAUGCAUCGAUGGAAGUGGUCUGAGCGAUGGGAGAAAACCAAUAUUUCUCAUGAUCGAGCACCUCACACAGAUUUUUAUCAGACUAUUGGUAUAUUUACAUGGCUCAUCAUUUUCAUUUGGGAUAGAACCCUUUUCAACACUCACUCAUCGAUAAUGACAGUAACAAACAGUAGUAUAAAAACUAAUGCUAUGUGUCUGCUUCUUUUCACUUCUACUUUUCGAUUUCAUUAAUAUGAAAAGGAAAGGUGUGCGUAGUGUUAGUCAUUACCCACUCGCCGCGCUUUCAACACUUGUGAUUCUUCACUUGUUUAUGUUAUUUCUCUCUCCUUCUCUAUUUAGUCAUUAGAAUAGUCAUCUUCAUUUACUUUGUAUUCCUUUAGAUAAUAAAUAAGAAAUUUCUCCAAGAGGAAAUAUCAAUAUGUUUUCCUCGAUAAUCAUCUAUCCUCUCCUUUUUCUUCAUAUAUUCGUCACUGUUCCAGGUUACAAUUACGUAAAGGACAUUCAGUUCAAAAGUUUGCUUCUUCGAAGACUUGCUCACUCAGCUUGUUCUGAUCCACGGGAAUGUCGGUCGAAAUGGGGCUCCUGUGGAAUAGGAUUAGCUUAUUGUGGUCAUAAUUGUGUGGCGGGUCCAUGCAUGCAACCUGCUGGUAAUGGUGAAUUUGAUCUCGCUUGUCCUAAUCCAAGCGAAUGUCGAUCGAAAUCGGGUUUCUGUGGGUCCGGAUCAGAUUAUUGCAGUGAUGGUUGUGUGGCGGGUCCAUGCACAGGAACAGAUGAUAAUAAUAACGGUGAUAACGAUAAUAACGUUGAAGAUAAUAAUGGCGAUGAUAAUGCUGCUGAUGCCACUAAUAAUGGCAAUGAUAAUACUGCUGAUGCCAAUAAUAAUGGUGAUGAUACUACUACUGAUGCCAAUAAUAAUGGUGAUGAUACUACUACUGAUACCAAUAAUAAUGGUGAUGAUAAUAACGAUGGUGAUAACGAUAAUAACGUUGACGAUAAUAAUGGCGAUGAUAAUGCUGCUGAUGCCAAUAAUAAUGGUGAUGAUACUACUACUGAUGCCAAUAAUAAUGGUGAUGAUACUACUACUGAUACCAAUAAUAAUGGUGAUGAUACUACUACUGAUGCCAAUAAUAAUGGUGA